ACACAUCGUCUGGAGACACUGAGCGAGACCGACUGUAGACCUUCAAAGAUCUCAGGAGACGUGAAGCUUCAACUGAAUAUUACAGAAGGAGACAAUGGCCAUGUUCAACGUUCUCAUCCUUCUCAGCACUGUAGUUGCUCUGGGAGACUUCUCUGCUCUGGGCAACACAAAGGCAGUGGAGGAGCAGGAGGAUUGGGGAUGGUAUAGAUCAUGUCCCUUUGGUUGGACCAAGUACCACUCACAUUGUUACAUCUACGUCGGCACUCAGAGGACAUGGCCCCAAGCUGAGAAAUACUGUCUGUCCCUUGGAGGAAACCUGGUGUCUAUUCACAACGCUGGUGAGAAUGAGGCUGUGAAGAAUGUGGUGUUUAGAGCAACUAAUUCUUACCCUUGGACCUGGAUAGGAGGAUCGGAUGCUUAUGAGAACAGGGUGUGGUUCUGGAGUGAUGGAACCAGAUUUGAUUACAGUAACUGGGCAAGUGGAGAACCCAAUAAUUAUUUUGGAAGAGAGCCAUGUAUUCAGACAAAUUAUGGAGCUGGAAUAUGGAACGAUUUACGCUGUGAAUCGAGCUUGCCUUCUGUGUGCAAGCUCAGACACCAUUAAAUUCAGCAAAACAUCAACACAUCUAACACAACUGAGUCAAAUAUUAAGUCAGCACUUUUUAUGGUGAAGCUUAAUACCUUUUUAUGCUGAUUCAUCACUGUAAAAGGAAUGCUUAAGUUGAGAAAUUCUCAGAACUGUGUUGUGGUUUGAUGUCAAAUAAAACUAUUGCAUGCAU